UGUCUCCAUUAAAAACAAUUCUUAUAAUUAUUACAUUUCUUAUUUUGAUGGUUAUAUUGAUAUUGGGAAGUGACAGCAUUUCUGAGUCGAUAGCUAUGCAUAAAAGAACAAAUAAUAACGAUACAGAAAAAUGCUAUGGCUGUAAUGAGAGUGCUCAUUUCAAACGUUUAAGCGAAAAUAGAACAAUUUCAGAAAAACUAAUCAUAACAACACCUAAGAGUUGGGGGUCUUCAAAUGAUACAAUUACAAGUGCGAUAAACACAAGAACUAUAUUAGAACUCGAAUCAUCAAUAACAUAUACAGCAAACAAAGAACCUGAUGAAACAACUAACCUCUCUUCGUCAACAAAACCUUUAGAGAGCUAUGAAACAAAAGUAACUACAUUAUCACCAGCUUGGUCGAAGAUUCGUGAAUGCUGA